AUGAAAACUAUAAUAUCUUGGAAACGUCGAUUUUUGCGGAAAAAAUUAAAAUAUACAUUAAUUUAUGUCUCCAUAGCUGCUAUUAUUUUCGUUAUUCAUCAGUUAUUUUACUUCAGAGAACUUAAUCAAUCAAUCGUAGGAAAAUUAAUUAAUGAAUCUGUACGAACAUCUAAUUAUAUUACUACUGAUAAAGUGAGUUCAAAGUGGAAUGAACCAUCACAUUCAAAACUUUUUCGUGAUAAAGAAGGUCGAACUGUAUCGUUACGCGGUACGCGUGAAGAAGAUAUUUUAAACUACCUGCCAAAUGUACGAGGAAAAUUUGUUUGUUUUGCUUCAAAAAAUGAAAUAGACUUUUUUAAAAUUAACGAUAACUAUUGUGAUUGCCCUUUGGAUGGUAGUGAUGAACCUGGUACCAAUGCAUGUAACAAUGGUGUUUUUAAUUGUGAACAUUCAUCUUCACAAUUUAUAGUAAAAAUACCAUCGUAUAAAGUUAAUGAUGGAUAUUGUGAUUGUUGCGAUGGAUCUGAUGAAUGGGCAGAAAUUAAAUUAUCACAUUCAAAUAAUGAAUCUGGAAAUAUAGUUUAUUAUCAUACCAAAUGUCAAAAUAAAUGCUAG